AUGGCGGCAUCCGGUCCGGCCAGCAAUCCCACCUUCAUGGUGCAGAAGCAGAUCCGCGACAAUGCCAAGAGCAUGCAAAACUUCAUGGAUGACAUCUAUCAUUGGUCUGAGUCGAUGGCCAAGGAGGAGAAAGCUCGAUAUCAACUCGAGAAAGAGCACUUCCCCUGCGACUUAAUGAUGUUCCCGCCCGAAGUGAAACUGAAACGCAUCAAAUAUCAUAAGAUAGUGCACAAACUCGUAAAACUCUAAUUCUCGUCGCUCUCUUCAGAGACGGGGCUCACGCACGCGCUGCAUCAAGAACGAAUGUGCAUGAUUUUUUCAGCCGCUGCCGCAUCGCCGAACGACAUUGCGGCCGACGGAAUAUCUCUGUUGUGAUGAAAGUGGCCACCACCGGCUCUCGCUAGUGGCAGUUUGUAUAGCACACGAUGCGAGUAUAUUUGUAUGCCGGUGCAUAUCUACGUUUAUUGAUCGCGGGACUAGUGAAACAAUCAGUGGAAAGGUUCUUCACAUGGCAUACUACUGACUACCUGCGGAAAAAUCCCGAAUCGCGCAACAAGCAAAAGGGGUCAAGCAGCGCAUCUGGCGCAUCGUCGACCCCGAGCACUCAGCCGAGCCAAGGCGCACCGCCGCCUGUUCGGGGUCGCACAGUGCUACCGCCAGCUGGAACGUCGAAACGAAGCACAACGAGUGAACUAAAGGGCGGCAAUGCAAAAAACGCGUCGGCUACCAGCAGGUACAGCAUUACACAAAAAAUCACUGUAGUGUCAUGAUGAUUUUAAUUUUAUCGAUUUAUGUGCCUUCUUGUUCUUGGUAUGAGAGCAAAUAGGUGCAGCACCAUCGUGAUUUGCAUUUUUUUGCUACUUGUGCAAGAACUGCAGCGAAAUGGAUCCUCGGUGUGUUUCUUGAUUUUGAAAAAAAAGAAAAAGCGUGCGCGCCAUCCUCCCCCCCCCCCGCAUAUAAAGAUAUGCGAACUGGAGAGAAGAUCUACUCUGAGACGUAUACUCCUGGCAUUAUAUCGAUGCGAAAUACCAGAAAGACACAGAGCACCGCCACCCACCGCCACCCNCCCCCCGCUGAUCUGCUUGUGUGUGUUUGUGGUCUAUUAUGCCGACAUACAAAGCCACCCAGCGCCACCCAACGCCACCCAGCGCCACCCAGCGCCACCCAGCGCCACCCACCGUCACCCUUCUCCCCCCGCUUGGGUCACCCUUCUCCCCCCGCUUGGGCCACCCUUCUCCCCCCGCUGGUCUGCUUGUGCGUGUGCGCGGUUGUCUAUCUAGUCCAUCUAUAUACGCCGUGGAUGCUGUCUAUAAGCAAACGCAGCACGCAUAGUGGUGCGCGUGCUAUACAUAUAUAUAGAGACACACAUACGACAGCAGAGGCGCACGCAACCAAACCAAGCCCGCGGACUUUACCACAGGGCGCCCCUGAUGGCCCGGCGGGUUUUGCCACACCUAGGGAGCCCCCAAUGGCGCCGCGAGGCUUACCAGAGGGCGCCCCCCAAUGGCGCGACGGAUUUUUCCACAGGGCGGCCCCGAUAGCGCGUCGCGCUAAACGCGGCCCAUCCGCAACCCUCCUUCCGCCCGCCCACCUGUACAACCCUUGGAACCACCGCAGCCCGUCGCCCCCCACAGCCUUCCCCCCGUGUUUUGGAAGAAGCGAACCGGAAAAAAAAAAUGGCGCUCGGAAAGGUCUACGCCUUUGCUUGUGAAUGGCCAGCGGCGUGCUGGUGAUGUCACGAAGAGCACAGCGCUGGCGAUGGGUGUGCAGCGAAUUUGUCACGCUAUGCGUGCGGCGAGCACGGGGAGAAUUUGCGAGCUGACGGCUUUCAUGGAUCCCUGUCGCUAAAAUGAAUCGCGACAGCGGAAGCGCCCACGUGCUUCUUUGAUUGUCGAGCGAAAUCUGACAAGGUGGGUCGGAGAAGUUUCGUUCUAGUGAGCUUGCUGCGUUCGAAAUCAAGUCAAUGCGUAAGAGCUGAAACGUGCCGAGAGAGUUGACUACGUUGCCCUGUAGUCGAAAGAAUAGUAGAAAUCGCGCGAAAGCCUUCGGCAGCUUUCCUAUUCUGCGAAAAAAUCACCCAGGUCGAACAUGCCACCGAGAUUCUUUGUCAAAAUCGCGCCGGCUUCGUAGUCCUCAUCAUCUGACAGGCCGUCCGCGUCGGCGCUCUCCAGGCCUUCGGGCGGGAUGUGCGGCCCGAAUUGCCAGCCAGCGCGGUCGCUGUUCAGCUGCUGCAGAAUCUCGGCGAUGCGGCCAUCCACCGGCAGGGACGACGUGAAGAGGAACAUCAUCGCGAAAACCAGAUGCGGCUUCUCAAGCAGCAGGUCCUUGCGUAUGGUGGAGAAGCGGGCCUGUUUUCAAGUACGCACAGACUGAAUCAGAAGAAGACGGCGCGGAGAGAGGAAACGCAAAGGGAUGGAGAUAGUGACAAAGAAAAAACACAAGCGGCACCGCCACGCGGGCCGCCGAGCUUCGCAAUAAGAUACCUUCAGGAGCUUCCGCACAUUGGACCAAACAUUUUCGGCCGAAUUGUUUCCCAGCUCGGCCGGCUUGCCGGUAGGGAGGUCCAGCUGAAGCUCCGGAGUCUUUAUCCGCGCCCAGAAUUCUUUUUGGCUGUGGACAACCGUUAGUGGCUGUGAUGUGGUUUUUUGUUUCCGAAAUUCAUGGCAUGAAACGGCGCGCCGGCCGGGCUUUUUCAGAUCGUGCUGCGUCAUGCGGCACAUCAUCAACACAAAAACGACGACGCGCCGGGCGUACCGGCCGCGCCUGUGGAGAUUAAGUUAUACAAUGUAUUCCGCCUCCGCAAGCUUGUAGCAGUUCGCCGAGUCGGUGCUGAGGAACAUCCUGGCCUCGCUCCUGUUCUCGGGGAGGAUGCCAAGCCAGGAGGGGCGGACGUGCGCCGUGUAGACGUAGCGCCACACGGCUUGCCUCAGCACCGGGAACCGGCUCACCUCCCUGGACUCCACCACCCCGAGGUCGAACACUUUCGCCGAGGCCGGAUUUCCUCGCUGGAGAACCACCUGGAAGAUGCGGGUCUUGAAAACCUUCGCGCCACGUACGGAAACCGUGGCGCGCCCGAAGCAGGCUUCAUCCGCUUCCAUGGUGAGCCGGGCCGGGUAGACGACGUAGCCGGGAUAUGGAUGCGAAACUGUGCGCCGCAGGCACAUCCGAGAAGUUUGGCGAGGCGACUGCCUGGCAAAGCUUCGCGCCUGUGGCUGCGGCAAAGAGUUUCAAUCUGAUACGGCCGCGAGAUGGUACAAGGAGGCGCAAGCGCGCGCGAUUUCGUCGUAGAAGUCCUGCUAUGCAGACGAGGCUCCUUGCCACUGUCGGCCCAAAGCACAGAGCGGCUGCCCACGAUCGCCCUCGCACUUUGUGCGAGCUCCCCGGCCUGUGCUCGAACUCCCACAAAGCGCGGCGGAGAAGCGACGCCAGCUGCUCCCAGCUUGGGCCAGGCAAUGGCAAGACGUCUCAUCCUCAUACCUGCGCCACCUUGUACUGUAUGUCCAAGUCGAAGGCGGCUUUGGUGGCGGACUCGCCCAGCACGAAGCUCCGGACCAGUCGCACGGAGGUCAUGACGCUCGUCGUUGCUCGCUGCAGGUCGGUCCGGAAAAAGCUCACCGGGGCCGAGUUGUCGCACUUGGGGCAGGACCACGCCGGGCAACGCUUCCGCGACUCGCCGAGCGCCAUCUCGCUCUUGCACCCUGCUUCCGCACAGAGGACGGGGCCCGCGAAGUAGUGCUCCCGGAGCUCUUGGUCCGAUUUCCGCAGGAUUUCGCCAAGCCCCCAAGACUCAUCCGCGCGCAGGCUCGGUUUUUUAUCCGCCAAAACCUUCGCGGAGAUGUCGUUGCCGCCGGACGUCGUGUAUCGGUAUGGCUGAAUCUGCAAGGCCUUGGAGAGCUCCUUCACGCUGAAGUUGUAAUUUGGAUCGCGCUGGCCGUCCUUUUUGUUGAACUUCGCCAAGUCGGCCCGCAGAUCUGCCGGGCAGUCGCCAUGAAGCCGCCAGGAGCGGAAGAGGUGCUUGUGCGUGGUGCUGUUGUGCGCCACCUCGCUGACGCCGCACAUAGAGCACGUAUAUGAAAGCGACGCCUCCUGUCGCUGUCACUCCCGGUGCCAAAAUUCGCGAAAGACUCGAAGUGAGUCCGUCGCAGGAAGCUGGCGGCCGGAAGUGACAGCGACAAGGAUUCUCGUUUUCAUAACCGGUGGUAUUUGUGUAUCAAAUGCAAAAGUGACGGGGUCUGGAAGGAUCGAUGUCAGAAAUAUCGCGGAGGUUUUCUAUGACCCGCGGGGUCUGAAGUGCAACGCCGAGCAUGGCAAACCUUGCGGGAUGUCUAUCAUGGAUGCCUGCCCUGCAUGAGAAUCUUCCAGGCCCAGAAAUUUUCGCACUUCAUAUCGUGCACUCUCGGACAAUUUGCCAAGCGGAACCAGGCCCGGGUCUUAACGUGUUCCGCUAUGGCGCUCGCAAGUGUUACGCCCCGAACUGUUGCGCGAUUUGUCAUGCAAAAUCCCAAGCAAAAACGACAAGACAGAGCUGCCUCGCGUGACAGGCUCCCAAAUGGACAAGCAGCACGAGCGUCCGAAGUUAGUCCGUCACGCAGCAGGCGCAAUCCCCCCCUUUCAAUUUUGCCACUCUUGCACUCAAAUAUCACGGAGCAGCGGGGAGCGUAACAACUGAGGGCCCCAUAGCCGUCCGCAGCGGCGUGUACUCGUACCGCCUCGCACGCUUCGCCGCCGUCUGCGCGAACGCAUCCGGCGGCUCGCGGCGAGGCGGCAUCCCCCCGAGCAACGGGUCCUCCUCUCCCCGCGCCCACGCCAUUUCGUCGUCGGUGUCCUCCCUGUCCGGGUUCAACCGGUCGCCGGGUGCCGGGACGUAGAAAUCCAUGUCAAUGUCACCACCUAGACCACCUGCGGGAACAUCGUCCUCCACGACCUCCUCGCCCGGUGCCGGUAGCUCUUCAUCACGAAGGGGCCCGGGGAGGUUGUGCUUCCGAUUGCCAUGGAUAAUUUUCAGAGUCCCGAGCGCCUUCUCCGCCUCCUCCUUGAAUAAUACCGGACGGCGAACGAACGGGUCGAAGUUGAAGGCGGCCCAGUUGUACCUGCGAAAAAAAGGCAGCCGAAUGCAUAGCAUUCCCGCACUCUCGAAGGACAGGAACUAAACACAACGAAGGCCCACCAGCAAAGAAAUAUCGGGCGCAAAGGGUGAGAAAGCAACAGGCUGGAGCUAGGAGGAAACCUAUACCGGCCCUCGGUGUCCACGAAUUCAGCUAGCUUGCCGUAGAGAAUCUGCGCACCAAUGCGGUCCUGUUUGCCGACAUUUCCUGGGUUGCCGAACAAUGGCGGAACCGAGUGGACCCAUGCAUGCAGCCAAUCCCGUACGACUUCAGGAAAGAACUUCCGGUGCCAAUGGCCGCCCGUCUCUGACUGAUUCCUGGCGUUUUGGAAAACCGGCGUCGUUGCGUGGCGAUGUAGAAGGAGCAACAUAAACGCGCCCCCUAGCUCAUCCGCCUUCUCUUCCACCAAAGGGUCCGCCAACUUUCGACGCGGCGACCCGCCGGCCCUCGCCAGCUCUGCGGGCUCGCAAUACCGGUUCGGGAAGUAGCACUGUUUUUAGACGAGUUCACGGCGUUCGAAUGACUAGAAAUACUGAAAAGCAAGCCGCGCAGGCAAGCGGCAACGAAAGAAACACAAACACGACACGAAAACAGAUACGGGACCGCAGAAAGAAGCGGAGGCCCCAAAAAUUACCGUCCCCCACCGCGUCUUUACAGGCUGCUGGCAGAACUUGUUGAACAGAGGCUGGCUGUUCCCUGUCCCGAUAAACUGCCACGUGGGCACCACCUCGCGCUGCUUCAUGCUCAUGAUCUGGCGCGCAACGAUGGGGUCGCUGGAUACCAGUCCGGUAAAUCGCGCCACGUCCCACAUCGACUCGAUGGCGUUGCUCACUUCGUCCAUCCACAUGACGCGCGCUCCGGCGGAGGCUGUUUUUCAGGUUUUCCGUGUGCGCCAUGGAUUCCUCAACAGGUCCGAAAAAAACCGCGCCGCGCGCGCUACCCAAGUCCCAUUCCUGUAGGCAAAAGCCAAAACAUUAAGCAAAUAGAAUACCAUAAAAGAACGGACUGCACUCCUCCACGCUUCGCUUAUCGGCUGCGAAGACGCUGGGCUUGCACUGGACGAAAUACGUCCCGAAAGCUGCCUUGGUGAGGCGGCGCAUGACCCCCUUCCCUUGUCGCCCGCGGGGGCUAAAGCAAUACAGAUACCGGUGAAGCGGCACCCCCGUGAUGGCGGACGCGAGGUGGUCGAGAAGCAAGUCCCGGUGGCUUUCGUCGCUACUUACCGGCCCGUCGUAGCGGUGUCGCGCGCCGCCGUCAAACGCGAAGAGACCGGCGACGAACUGCCGAACCGCACGCAGUUCCUCCGCCGUCUGGGGGUCGGUCGCAAUCCUGUCCGCCCAAUUCGGGUCGUUGUGGAGAUUUUGUGGGACCAAUACGUCGGCAAACCGCUUGCAAAGGUUAUCAAAAUGGAAGCGCCCUCCCCCUCCCCAUAUCGCAAAGAAAAUACGUGGCGGGCGGCCUGCGUACAAAAGACCCCGGGCCGCCACAAUUCUGCAGAAGCUGCAGCCCCUUUGGAAUAUGGAGCAGGGAAGGGCUUUCCCACACGAUGCAGGUGCCUGGGGUCGUUCGCGAUGAAGGUUCUCUGCGCGACAUCGUAGCAACAGUUCCGCAGGGCGAAGAAGCGCGGGAAACUGUCGAAGGCCCGGUCGGUGUGGAAGACCGGCGCUGCCUUUUUAAGGGUUAGCGCCGGCUUGUUCCGGAUCGCGUUGUCUAGCUUUGACAGGAAAGCGCAGCCCUCCGGCGGUGGAUUAUUUUCCAGCUCGUCCCGGACCCUCGCCCAGGCUGCCUGCAUGACGGAGUUGAUCUGUAUGUCGCUGGAGUCCUGCCACUGCUCGUCCCAAAUAGACCACUGUCCGUCGACGAUGAGUGCCCACUUGCGCAGGAGGAGGAAAAUCAGCCCGGCGGAGUGAUACUCUGAAAACUUCUCCUGUAGCCCCUGUUCCCAAUCCACGACAUACUGCACCAUGAGGCGAGCGAUGAAGGCGUAUUCCGAUUCUUGGGGGCCCCUCCCGAAGUUCGCAGCCCAAUCCUCAAGGUCCGUUCGCAAAGUUGGCAGCGAGAUCUCCCGGAUGUCUUGCGCCGCGCCGACCGGGUUCGCCGGCGCUGCCGCCGCCUGCGCCAUGCCUGCUUGCGGGUUCGCAGGCGCUGCCGCCGCCUGCGCCUCGCCUGCUUGCGGGUUCACUGGCGCUGCCGCCGCCUGACCUGCGACUGCUUGCCCGACCGGGUUCGCAGGUGCUGCGCCUCCCGGCUGCGGACCCGCUUCCGCUGCUUGUGCUGGCGCCCCGCCGGCCGGUCCCGCGGGGCCUUGGGGAUCGCGGGGUCGCGGAGGCCGCCCGACAUACUCCAAGAGCGUGUCAUAGUCGUUCAGCUGGGCGUCAUCAAGAAGCCGCUCGACGAUAUCCCGGACCCGGUCCUGUGAUCAAAGUAGACACAUGCCGCGUCGGGUACAUGAAUCGGAACCACAAAAGCGACACCCCAAAAAAGCACGCAACCAAGCGCCAAAACACACGCCAAAUCAAUACACACACCCAACAGCUUACCUGCGUCGCGAAUCCAAACCCCGCAAGGAAAUCCUCGAAGUCGUCCUUUGGCGCCACCUGGUUCUCAAAGUUGGCGAAAAAUUGAGCCACUUCGUCAAUCAGCUCCUCAGCGGCGCCUCCACACAAUGCGACGGCGAGCGCGGACGAGCGAGGAGCCUUGCCCGCGGAUACUGCAAAAGCCCCCGCGGAAGCGUAGGCCGUGUAGUGCAGGCGGUCCAACCGAAGAAAGAGAGGCGGCACAACACGACCAACACCCGCCCGGCCUGCUGCCGCCGGCGUUGGCUCGACUGACCAAACCACCCCGCGGGCCACAUCGUGCACCAAGAUGACACGGCCGAGGUCCUGUUUGUGUCGUCAGAGGAAAUAAAUACGCGUCAGGCAAUACACAAGCCGCCGGGCAGGGCCGGGGAGGAAACCACCGAGAAGCCUACUCCUACCCUAAGCACCAAAACACACGAAGCAAAAAACCCCCGCAAACAUACCUCAGCUGCCCGGUAGAGCAUCGGCGUCGUCGACAUAGCCCCGCGAACUCCGCCGGCCCGGUGUCGCAACGAGGACGGCGAGCACUUCCGCUGUAGGUCCCGCCGUGCUUGCCCUGACUCAGCUCGUGAACGUGGUGUCGCGUCAAGCGCGUCGCGAAGCGCCUCCCAAAGACAACCGCUUUGCGUCGCCCAGUUCGGAAUCACGAAGCCGCUCGGGCAACCCUGGAGCUGCGAGGGCGCUGGGGCCCGCGAAAGAUUUACCACCAACGGCGCCAGGCCUUCCAGGACGAAAAGAAUCAGGGCCGCCGCGUGCAGCACUGCUGAGGCACUGGGCGAGAAUAGCGCGGCCGGGUACGAGAGACAGGCCAACACGCAUCCCAGUAGGACCUCUGCGCAAGCCCCCGCACUAAAAUUGCAGGCGAUGCGCCGCAACAUCGCCUCCCUCCGGCGGCGCCGGGCCGCCUCGCGGGCGAUAAGCAUGUCCCGCCGGGCCCUUGACAUCUGUCCUUCCGGUGUCUUUUCUUGUACAAAUCUCGCUGGUUGCUCUACUACGAUAAACAAGGCGGGAAACUUCUAGGAGAAGCGCGACACUACGAUAAAGAAGGCGGGAAACUGCAAAGAAAAUACGAGGGCCAGGCUGGCACGUUCGCCCGUAGUGGUGCCUGACCAAAGCUGCGCCGCUCUCUUCGCCCUCCUCUCUUGCUUACGCGCGUGGGGCUGCUAGGUGCCCGGCCAAUGCAACUCCUCUCACAUGCCUGAACAAUGAAUACUCCAGAGGCUACUUCACUCGCCACGCGUCGACCAGUGUCUGUCUACAACAGUCCGAGUACACAUGAGGACGGGCCCGCCCGUCCAAGUCAAACAGCCGGGCUGGGGUCGACUGUGCUGGAGCCACGCGAAAGGGGGGAGGACGCGCGCGACGAGGGGGACGGCGUCGCCGAGCGUGGUGGCGUGCGCGGCCGCGCCAAAGCGUGAAAGGCGUCAAACUCGAAGCCAAGGUCGUCGGGGGCGUCGAGAAUUCCGCGACCGAAAAGGGGCGGCGCUGGAGGCGGUGGCGGCCCUCUCCGCAGGCGCAACGGCGCUCGGUUUUGCCGCAAAGGGGACGCUGGGGCGGGCCGGCCCAUUGGCAGUGCCCGCGCGCUUACGGCGCUCCGCCGCGUGCACAAUCGCAGGCCGCACCGCAAAAGGCCGAGAACGACGAAAGUACCACACAACCCACAAAGAGCCAAAUGAGCGAGGGCGAUAAGCGGAUACAUCUUAAUGUAGAUCGCAACUGGUCCGACAAAACCCGCAAGACUACUACCACGGACACUCUAUCUAUGCAUGCGCGUGAACGAUCACCCUCCAACUGCCCUCCCUCGCUUCCCUUCCCUCGAGUUACAGACCAAAUCCACGCCGCCACUCCACGCGGGAUUGCCGUUAAUACUGUCGCGCUGCCCUCCUUUUCCCUCUCCGAAUAGGCUUGCAGCGGUGUGGAAAUCCUUAGGAGAAAAGCUAUUCUCUGAAAACGAUAGAGCCUAUCUACGUACGACAUAAAUUAAUGGAAGAGCUCCCGACCGAAAUUCUACGUGUACCCGACCGACCGAGAUUUACACUCUCUGACGAAACACAGCCGAAACAAAAGAACACCAGGACCGAGGCCCGUCGCCCGCCGGCGAAACAGAUCGCGGCGGCACCGUCUAAGCCACCGGCCAGGCAGGUUCUCUUGCUUUCUUUGGCGCGCAACCAACUCCAUACAAACACAGCCAGCGGCAGUCUUUUCCAAAAAAAUCCAAUCUCGUCGCAAGUCUUGUCGCAAGUCUUUCAGAAAAGCCGGCCCUGUUUCAAAAAAGCGCAACUUUGGCGCAAUCUUGUUGCUAGUCCUGUAGCAAGGCCAAUCCUGUUACAAAAAAAACCUUCCUCAAAAAACUCCUUAGCAGUGCUCCUCCUCCAGGAACUUUUUUGCCCGCUUCUGCUCCCUGGCCAACUCCUCAGCGUGCCAGUGUUCGCAUUCUGGCCGCCAGUGCGGGGAGUUCUCCGGCCGUGGCCAGUGCCUCGGCACGGCUGAGUACUCAUCGCGCCGCAAGUUCGACGGCUUUUCGCGCCAGUCCGGUUUGUGGAAGUCGAACACUUCCCGGCUGUAUGAAAUGCAAAAGCGUCGCGAUCUGGAAGAUUGGAAAUCAUGACGCUAGCCGUGGGCACUACGAAAAUCAGCAACAAGAAGCAAAAAGCCGCAAAGCUGCGGCUUUGCGUGCAGACCACAAAGCGCAUGGCGCGCUUGCUCUCCUGCGCAGGAGAGCAAGCGCGCCAUGCACUUUCACGAGCGGAAGAAGAUCUUCUCCAAAAAGAAGACCCUCUUCACGAAGAAGAAGACCUUCCCGACGAAGAAUGAGGAAGAUCUUCUUCUUCAGCGAGAGGAUCUUUUUGAAGACGAUCGCCGUCGUUCAAAAAGAAGAUCUUUUUCACGAGGAAGAAGAUCUUCUUCACGAAGACGCAGAUCUUCUCCUUCAAAAAGAAGAUCUCUUUGAAGAAGAGGAAAGAAAUCUUCUUCACGACAAUCUUCUCACAGAAAUCUUCUUGCUCUCACUCCUUGUUCUUGUUGUCCAGGGAGGUGCUAGAACUAAAAAUCAGAACAAUAGAUGGGCCCUGCUUUACUUCUGUCCUUUGUUUUGACCUUUCACUUCAAUAGCAUUGCAUUUUUUACACUUUUUGAUGAUCCCUGGUCAACAAUUGGAAUCGAAGGGCGUUGUGGUCGUAGAUUUUUUCACUGACACAGACAGAGACACACUUUUAUUCAGCAACAUUAUUUGCAAAUUGUCCAGCUCUUCAACCACUACGGAGUCGAUUACAAAAGGCGUAGUCGAAAGAUCCGAGGAUAAUUUGGAGCUCGCGCGCGACACUACAUCUCUCCCGCAAUAUUACAAAAACUGGAACAAGUAUGACGUCGAAAAGGAAAUCGAAAAGUUGGAAGAGCCAAAACAGGCGAAGGAGUUUAACGUGGAAGAGUAUGUACAACAGAAGCGGGUACUGAAGUUUCCGUUUCGUCUUCAUCUAAAGAACAUGAGAAUGUAGAAGCUCUGCCUCUGGAUGUGGUGCUGACCAGAAAAUCGAUGUGUGUGAUUUGGUUGACUGAUAUUUUGGCAUUUUGUUAAGCGGAACUUGUACGCAAAGCAUCCGGUAGCUUCGAUCAUAUACUGUGGGAAUACGAAUAUAUUUCCGUGAUCUUCUACUAACAGACAACCGCCGCCCGGCCAAAUGUCAAAGUCGCUGUACGUACCGCCGCGCGCGCAACGACCGCCGUCGAGUUCAGUACGGCGAAAAAAGAAGAAGCUAAUCGCCUCUUUGGCAAGGCAAGGUGCGGGGUUUAUUCAUUAUGUAGUUGUUGAUGUUAUUUUUCUCUCGAUGUCUUCUACUACUACUAGUACUUCGUGUUAACUCACAACCAGAAGAAAGCGCGAGCGUGUCCGAGCCCCCCGCCUUGGAUAAAAAACAACAGAUUUAAAGAAGCAGAGGCGGCUUACAAGGUUGCCCUGACCUACGUGAUGCGCGGAGAAAACGAAGAGGAAAACUAUGCGCGCGUCGAGCAAAUUGUCCUGUCCAGUUUGCUAGGUCUUACUGUUGUCUGAAACAGCUGCUUUGCCAAUCAGCAGCACCGCUGGUGCGUCAGUCAACAUGAUCAACCAUUUCCAUUGCUUGAUUUGCUAUGAUUCAUCAACUGACGAUAUUAAUUGUGAGAAGAUCAUUCAAGAUGCGCGAGCAUCGAUUGCGCUUUGGGAACAAACUUUAACUUCUGAUCGAAAUACGCAUUAGAAAUGGAUGGUUGCGCAACGAUUUAUUACGCCCAAUAAUCGCGCAAAGAGCCAGUUUGCUGAUUCUCUUUCAUAUCGGGGACGUCCAGGCAGUACUCCACUCCAACAUAGCGAUCUGUCGGCUGAAAAUGCAAGACUAUUCGGGAACCAUCGAAGCCAGUGACGCGGCCUUGUCGGUUCGCCCAGACAACGUAAAAGCAAUCUUUCGGCGCGGGAGUGCUUACAUGCACCAGCAGCAGUGGAAGCGCGCAGCAGCUGAUCUCCGCCGGGCUUUGGAACUUGAUCCAAAAGACGCGAAAUGUAUUUCAUGUUCAGUGGAAUGAGGUUCGUACUGAUAGCGCUACCUCGCUCGAGAUGGAUACGUAGUCUCGAGCACCUUUCUAUUUAUUUCGCCUUUCCCUUGACGUGCUAAGUGAGUCUGAGUCCAGUGGUGGUCUUCUAUGACACGUGGCGGUGGGGGUGCAAAGCGAAAGCGAAAGCUUUCUUGAUCCGCCGUGAGAAUGCAAACCAACAAGAGCAAUCGUCUUCAUUUCUCCACUUUAUUUUUGUUUUGCGAAAGAUACUGAUACGAGGAACAGGAAGGUUUUUUAUAAUAAAUCUUUUGCCAGGUCGCACCGAGCUUACGUAUGUGGAGCGGAUGUUGCGUGAGACAGUGGAAAAGGCGCGCGCACACGCAAAAGCUCUGAUGCAAGACGCCAGUAGGAAGCCCGUCUUGCAGCAAACCCCACUUCAGAUCACUGAGAGGGCGGAAAAAAAGAAAAAGCCGUCCAGCUCAGCAUCCUCAUCGAGCAAGAACACUGGCGAGAUUUAUGCAAGCGCGAGCGCUACAGAGACGGACGAGACCGGUGCUGGAGGAGGAAAACCGCAAGCGCAGCAACAGCAGUCCUUGUUUAUCUCUUCCCACAGCGCGGAAGACGGAAACACUGACGCUAAUGGAAAAUACAUUCCGAAAUCCGUUCGCAUGGGGCGACAGCUCGGCCAGCAAGGCGGGGGCGCCGUGUCGUCCUCAUCCUCAGCAGGAAUAGGGAGGCAGCACACGGCGGCCGAGGCCGAGGAGGCUGCAGCUACCAGGUCUAGUAGCCUGCAGCCCCCCACGACCACCGCUAGUAGAACAAGUGGUGUGGGCCGCACUGCUGCUGGCGCAGCCACCGAGACAGGUGCAGCAACAGGAUCCAACAGCAAGCACGCUGACAUGUUUCGGUCCAAUUUUUACGCUUUCGAGCGGGAUUGGAGGACCUGCGGACGGCUAGGCAGCGCAACGCAAGCGGUAGGAAAGCGGUUUUCCUUACUGGAGCGGACGCAGGUGUUUUCAGACAGCUUCACCGCCGAGCUAGUGUUGGAGGUGGUGGACGUGGUGCAAAGCCUGGAAGCACAUUUUCCCGCCUACCUCCAGAAGUUCAACAAGUCCGCAGCGGACGGCAACAACAUGCUGGCAGAUGGUGUCAUUUUCUCCUCCGCCGAGGAUUACCGUGCGCGCAAGGCGAGCGUCGUGGCCAAGUUGGAGGCGAUUAACCGUUGGCCACUCCUUUUGCAAAGCAUGGGGACUUCGGAAAGGAGGAAGCUCGAAGUGGUCCUGUACCAAAACACGUACCUGGAAAUGGUCGCAGAACCGGCGCCAUCUGCAUCACCGAAGGCGAAGUCAGGCUCUUCGAUAACUACCGAAAAGUUCGCCGUCGCAACGAUGAAGAGCACCACCUUAAAUGAGGUGGAGAACUCAUCUACUACUGGCGGACAGUGGAGCACCGACGUUUGUAGCGAUGAUCCAACUUGGCUGGAAGUCCGAUCAUCUUCGCAAGACGUGCAACCACCAAAGUCGAGAAAAGCCAAACGCAAGCCAAACCCUGCCGAUCUUGAUGACCUUGACUAAAGGCGUUUGAGUCAUCAAGCCUGUCAAGGAAUCGGUGAAGCACUGGCCGGCCCGCCAACUGCAUUGGUUUCUCAAGUAGCCAGCAACCUGACGCAAUCAUGAGGUACAGAAAGAGAAAUGUGUGCGGUGUGAAAUAACUCGAACACGAACACGCGACCAAAAUCCGAAAGCAAAAGCAGCCCGCUUUUUGUUUGUUCUUGUUCUCGUGGUGUACAAGUUGUACAGUCAACAU